ACCCCUGCGGCCGCCGUAGGCUCUGAGUUGCUAUGGAAACCCAGCUGCCCUCACUAUGUCGGUGCAACAGGCCCCUCAGUCCCGGGUAUUCGUGGAACUGGUUCCCUGGGCUGACCGGGGCCGGGAGAACUAUCUGCUCUCGGGCGGAGAGACGCUGCCCGGCCUCCGCCGCCCUCUCUCCUCAGCGCAGACCCAGACUGCCACCCGCGAGGUGCAUGUAAGCGGCACUGCGGAGGUGUCUGCGACCCCCGACCGGGCGCAGGUGGUCGUGCAGAUGAAAAAUGUAACUGUGACAAAGGAUUUUCAAAGGGUAGAAAAUGCAUAUCACAUGGAAGCAGAGGUCUGCAUUACAUUUACUGAAUUUGGAAAAAUGCAAAAUAUUUGUAACUUUCUUGUUGAAAAGCUAGAUAGCGCUGUUGUCAUCAGCCAACCCCAGUUCUAUCAUACUCCAGGUUCUAUUGAGAAUCUUCGACGGCAAGCCUGUGUCGUUGCUGUAGAAAAUGCAUGGCGCAAAGCUCAAGAAGUCUGUAAUCUUGUUGGCCAAACUCUAGGAAAACCUUUAUUAAUCAAAGAAGAAGAAAUGAAAGAAUGGGAAGGCCAAAUAGAUGAUCACCAGUCAUCCAGACUCUCAGGUUCGUUAACUGUACAACAAAAAAUCAAAAGUGCAACAAUACAUGCUGCUUCCAAAGUAUUUAUAACUUUUGAAGUAAAGGGGAGAGAGAAGAAAAAAAAACAUAUCUGAAAUUCUGACCAAAAUAUACUGUGUUUGUAUCUUUUUGUCUAUUUUUAUACUUUUUAUAAUGUUUGCUUUUGUCCUGAAUAUAUGUAUAUUGUGUAGUAUAUAAAGUGUUUCUCCCCCAAGCCUGUCAAUCCUUGAAUAUAGUUCCACAGAAUACUUAUGUUUACUUUCUGUUUUUGAAAACUUACUAUGGGAAAUACUCUUUGGGAAUAAAUGUGUUAUAUGUGCACACUUGCAUAGUGACAGUUCAUAUAAGUGUAUGUGUAAAUUUUAUAUUCCUACUACAGGACAAAAUAUUGACACAGUUAUUAACAUGAUUCUUAACAUUCAUAGAAAGAAUGAUGAGCAAUACAUAACUUUUGAUAAAAGGGUAAUGAGAUAUACUAAGAAAAUAUUUUGAUGACAGAAAUAAAAAUAAUAUAUGGACCAGACUCUUUUCACUAGGGCUCCUUUGAUUAUACCAGCACUCUCCAGUACAAAUAUAUAUAAUGCAAUCCAUAUAUGUAAUUUAAAAUUUCCUAGUAGAUACAUUUUUUAAAAAGUGAAAAACAGUUGAA